ACAGCUAUUUGUAAGAACCAGGCAGAAACAUAGAUGACUGAUUCAUGAUAGUUAAUUUGUUUGUAAUAAUUGGUACAAACACAUUGAAAUACAUCUAUAUGAAUAUUUUUUCUUAAAUAUAAUUUGAUUCUGUGCACUGGUUUAAAAAAAAAUGAACUCAACAAACACCAUACUUGCUGAUUCAGUCUACAGUCUCUAUUGUAUAGUGGUUACACAUUUAAGGUUUGUUUCUAAAAAUCCUACAUUUUCCAGGUAUAUGGAAAACAAAACUGUGUUUAAUUGAUUAUGCAGAAUUUAUAUCAACUGAAAAUUCCAUGGGUUAUUCAAACUAUGAAUAAAUAUUACGAUUAGAAAUUAUGCAAUUUCAUCAAAAUCUAGUUAUCUCCCUUUGUCGCUCUUCAGUGUUGGAGUUGAAAAGGGUACAGUGAUGCUCUUCCGUGUGUAGAAGGUCAUGGAAGGUGAGGAUUAUGCAGGGAAGAAAAUGUAGUUUUAUUUGAAAUUAAGUAAUAUAUUGAACAAUGUAGUUAAUAUAUUUCAUAUUAGGGAAUAUUAGAAUCCAUGGAAAGUAGUCUUGUAUGCAGUUUUUCUUCAUUUUUACCCGAUAAAAGCAAGUGUACCACAUCACCUUAUUUCCCAAAUGAAAACAGUUUAGUGUACGUGAAAAACUGUAGGAGAAACAUUAAAAACCACCUCAAAUCAUGUAACAUAGGAGAUAUAGCUUCUGAGGGACAUUUGAUAUGUUACCGUGCUGGUGUUUUUUCGCUAUUUGGGGACUAUACCAUCUGUCCAUUUCAUCGAUACUCCCUUGGGAUACGAUGGAAGAAGAAGUCAUCCUGCUCACACCCGAAUCACAGUACAACGGCAAAGGCAGAGGUUGGGAGGAGCAUUACUUUGUCUAUGUCUCGGCACCUUCAUACAGUAUAUGGAUAUAUUGUCCCUAUUGGCUCAGGCUUGUGCAGUAGAUGUAGAAAAAAUGUAACCCAGGAAAUGAAAUGGUGCGAGUGCUGUAAAGAUGCAUCUUCUGCUCAAAUUUGCAAAAAUACCUCGGAUGACACCCCUGAAGCAACCUUACAGCAGUCCAGGAACCUCCAAACAAGGACAGAGAAUUAUGCUGAACAGUGCCAUUCAGAGACAGAGAAUUCCGCUGAACAGUGCCAUUCAGAGACUUUGUCACAGACAGGUGAAUCGACAACAUAUACUUUGUCACAAGAAUCUAGCUGGAGCACUUCCUUAGAAGGACAAAUACACCUCACAGAUGGAAUAGAAAAUCUGAACAACACCUUGAUGUCUCUAAGUGGUGGCCAUGUAAGCCCAAUAAAGUUUCAGCUGAAAACUCCAUUGAGGGAGGUCCAGUCUAGCACAAGAAGAUAUUUAAAAAGGAAGGCCAAGGAGGUAGUGCAUACAGUUCUCAAUCAUUUGGCUCCAGGACAAUCCAGUGAUAUGUUCCAGUUACUUUAUGAAGACAACUGUCAUGAGGAUACAGAGCAAAGUGAUAAAACAGAACUUGAAAUCACUGAUACAAUUCUUCAACUCUAUUGUGAAGCUGAAAACAAUGCUCUCAAACGUCAACUUCUGUCCCUGCUGUCCUUGCCGAAUGCACAUAGUAAAUCGAAACUUCAGAAACUCAUUCCAGGACUUACAAAGUGGGAAAUUGAUCAAAGUCGAGCACAUGCUGCAUCUCAUGGAGCAGGUUCUUUACCAGGACCUAUGGAACCAGGAUACCGGCAUCGCAUGAACAAAGAAAAGCUGGAGCAUGCUUUAUCUUUUUUCUUGGAUCCAAAAUUUCAUCAAAUUUGUUCAUAUGGAACAAAAGAUUUGCAUUGUGACAAUGGACAGACUGUCACCAUACCCCAAGUAGUGAGAACAACAUGCCACUCCUCUCUCCUACAAAUGUACAAGUCAUACUGCUCUGAAACAGGUUUUGUUCCUUUGUCAGAUUCUACUCUCUACAAAAUUCUGUCUACAUGCUCUGCAAGUAAGAGAACCAACCUAACAGGUCUAGACAACAUUGCCACUGAUGGUGCUGCAGCUGUAGAUGACCUAAUAAAUAUGUGUGACCAAUUAAAAGGAUUAGGAUCUGAAUCAAAUACAGUUGCCAAUCUCACCACUGCCUUAAAAUCCCUAAAGAUGUACCUCAAGUCAGAAUAUAAAUUUAGCGUGGGACUAUCUAGUGGAUGCCAAGAUCAUUGUUUGAAGUUUGCUUUGAGUCACCCAACCAAUGUGCUGUUGCAGGAAGAAUGUGAUCAUUCCCAUGAAGAAAUUUGUGGAAAAUGCAACAUCCUCAAUGAAAUAAACACUGCCUUGUUUAAUGAAAUCCAAAAUAUCAGAACAUCUGACGUAGCAGAAGAGUUAGCAUUAACAGCAGAGAAAGCUCUUGAGAAAAUAUCAGAUUGGAAAGCCCACAUACUAAGGACUCAGAACCAAGAAGAGGGUAGAUAUAGUGCAUUAGAAGAGCUGCAGCCACACCAACUUCUGAUUAUUAUGGACUGGGCAAUGAAGUUCCUUCCUGCACUUUAUAGAGAAAAGCAGUCAGAUUUUUUUGGACAAAAAGGCAUGAGCUGGCAUGUUUCUGUUGCUAUAUUUAGAGCAGAAGAUGGAUCUUUGAAUCACAAGACAUUCAAUCACAUUUUUGGAGCAGUGAGGCAAGAUUGGUUUGCUGUUGCAUCAGCCAUCGAGCACAUCCUAAAGAGUAUAAGAGUACAAAUGCCUGGAAUUGAAGAAGUUUUUUUACGAAGUGACAAUGCAGGUUGCUAUCACUGUGGGUGCCUGUGGCUGAGCAUGCAUGGAAUUAGUGAAAGAACAGAUGAGAUUUCAAUUGCCUGAAAUGAUUUUUCUUUAUUGUUAUAU